AUGGCUACCAAAUCAAACGGGGAGAACCCUCUGGCGCCUUUUACGAAGCUCUCAUCCUCUAUCUAUCUCCAGGAACCUGUUAACGAGAAUGGGUGUGCCGGAAACUACCCCAAGACUAUUGUUCUCGCUUUCUGGAUGAACGCCCCUCCGCGUGCUCUGGCCAAGUACAUUGUUGAGUAUAAACGCCUGGCUCCUUCAUCCAGAAUUAUCUUCCUUCUAAGCUCUUCCAAUGACUUCGCUUUGCGCGCCACCAAAAAGGCGCAACAGGCGCGUGUUGCCCCUGCCGUGGAGGCAAUCCAGGCAUAUUCUACCCCAGAAGACCCUGUCUUUCUGCACAUCUUCUCAAAUGGAGGCCUGUCUACCACGACAAAUCUCCUCGCUGCGUAUCGAAAGGCGACUGGAAAUCCGCUGUGCGUGUCAUCAAUGGUUCUAGACAGCGCGCCUGGCACGGCCACCAUUUCUUCUGCUGUCAAGGCCUUUUCAUUCGCGCUUCCCAAGACGUGGAUUCUCCGCGUUUUCGGUAAAAUGCUUUUAUACGUUUCUCUUUUCCUUGGUCUGUUGCUUCAGAAGCUCACCCGCAGGCUCGAUGCUAUAACUCUGGCUCGGAGGGCGAUCAACGAUAAACGCCUAAUCAAUGGCCACGGCUCGAAAGGCAGUUUCCAAAGGUGCUACAUUUACUCGGAUAUUGAUGAACUGGUAGACUGGAAAGAUGUAGAGGAUCACGCCCUAGAAGCCGAGUCAAAGGGUUGGGUGGUGCACCGUGAGAAAUUCCAGGGAUCACCGCAUGUCAGCCAUAUGAGAUCGGAUCCUGCCCGUUACUGGGACAUUGUGAGAACAUAUCUGCAACAGUCAGAAUCGAAAUAA